AGGGACAUCCCACCUUUACAAAACGCGGAAGGGAACCUACAGCAUUGGCUCCUGGAAGCUUGCAUCUUCUCAACCGCUUACAUCAACACUUAUUCGUUCCCAAUUAUUAUCCUCAAAGAUGCCUGUAGAUUAUAGCAAGUGGGAUGCUCUGGAGCUGAGCGACGAUUCCGACAUCGAGGUUCACCCUAACGUCGACAAGCGCUCUUUCAUCCGCGCGAAGCAGAACCAGAUUCAUCUAGAGCGCCAACAACGAAAACUUCAGAUUGAGACAUACAAAUAUGAACGUCAGGUCAACGAUGGCUUGAUCAAGAGAAUAUCCGGGCUCCUAAACGCCCUCAAAGCUCACGCCGCCGAGGCCGAGACCCGAAACCCCGGCGAGGUUGCCUUCCAAGCUGUCAUGGAGUCUGUCGGGAGUCCAGAAGAAGACAAGCCCCCAGAGCGACCCGAAGGCGUUCACGCUCAGGAAGAGCAACCACCAUCAUACACUAAGAUGAUGGCGACGUUGUUAGACCAGGUGAAUAAGGAGCUGGACGAGAAGAAACCAGAAAACCGUUACAAUGCUAUGGUAGAUGAGAUUGGUGUACACCUAAAGAAGGUUCAAGAUUUACAGCAACAAUUGUUGACCAAGUUAGCGGAGCUGGAAAAAGAGGAGAGUCGAAAGAUUACCAGUGAGAGCAUUCAUACGGGUUUCGACAGUUCCCAUGUCACCAAAUCGACGCCGUCCACGUCUGGAGCGAAGAAAGAGGAUGAUAAUAAGGUAGAGCUGCUCAACCCUAACUUCUCCUUGACCAAACCAGACGAGUCGAAACCUUCGACCAAAGCGGACGAUGAGGACGAUGAAAUCGAGGCCUCGCCAGAUGCUCGAAAGUUUGCCAACAUCAAGGCAUCCGACUAUCGGGAGAGUAACAUUUUCAUUGGAUUGCACCCGCACAUUUUGACCGAGAAGGAAACCGACGGCCUUCUGGUUAUGGCAUUCGAUGCCCAGCUUCAAGGAAAAGACGAUUUCGCACGGCAGUGUGUCCACCAAGCCCUACUACUACAGUACUGCCGUGCAUUGGGCAAGGAUGGUGUCGCGCUCUUCUUCAAGCGUAUUACCACCAAGGGUCACCAAGCCCAAGACGUCUUCUACAAGGACGUUCAAGAUACCUACUACAGGAUCAAGAACCGAGCAGCCGAGAUCAAUGCACAGCGAGAAGCCGAAGCUGCGUCCGGUGGAGGAGGAGUGGAGCAGAUCCAACUGCACGCCGUCGAGCCAGGUACCGAAAUCAAGAUCAGGAUCCCGUCCGAGAAGAGUGAGGAUGAAGCCGAGAAGAGAGGCCGCGAGAUCUUCCAAGGAUUUACUCCGGAGAUGCAGAAGGCAUUGGAAUCCGGAAGCUUGGACAAGGUCAACGAAGUUCUGGGUAAGAUGAGUGUCGAGGAUGCCGAGGAAGUGGUGGGCCUUCUAAGCGAGGCGGGUAUCUUGAGCGUGGAAGAACAGAUAAUAGAUGCUACGACGGAGGAGGGUCAGAAGCAUCUCAAGGACCUGGAAGAAGAGGCUGCGAUGGAGUCGUAUGCGGACGAUCCGGAGUAGCCAUGUCGAGGCCGGUCCUGGUGGCGAAGCACAUCUCAUGACUAAGGCAUAAUAGCAUAUUGUUUACCUUUGGGAAGUUAUGUUCUGGAGGCGUUAUGGCCGAAAAUUGAUAUUCUAGCCGGAAUUACCAACUUGGUCUAAUAAAAUUCAUCCGGACGACAACGAAGUCUUCUCUGUUGCUAUAAGUGAGUCCAUCUCGCCUGUUCGGAAGACGGUUGUUCAUGGCCUGGUUGGUCAAUUCAGACUUUGAAAAAGAAAAAAAUAAUUAGGGGUCUGGAACCUGAUCGCGUAGAGCUCUGCCCCUUAGAUAGGUAGGUAUUUAUGACUUACUGUAUUACAUUGUUCCCCCACCCCGAACAGGUCUGACACGGGUGGAAAGGGACCCAAAGGACUGUCCUAGUAGGACGGGUUCAUGAUUCAAUUCAUGAUUAAACCACGUAAGGGUUGCACUCUUGAUUGCCUGUGCAUCUUAUAUAUCAAAUAUGACCUAUGUCCU